GCAUGCUAGUGUUACGCACGUGUGACAGGAAAAAUUUAAUUCUAUGGUAGUUACAAGAUACUAUAUCUCAUUGAAGUGCUUUACGAAAGUAAGUUCUGUACCUGUAACCCCUGUCUGAGAGACUGGUGGGUGGCAGAUGGUAGUAAAAGACUUGCAGCACUGUGGAGCUACAUUAGAGGAACACUGCGGGUUGUUUUAAAAUUAAUAAAUACGGGAAAACAGUUGUUUUUGGGCUAAGAGACCUUAUAUUCCGAACGUAAGAAAAUGUAAUGGAGAUGUGCGGCGAUAUGCUUCAUUGCCUGUUUGACAACGCACAACCUUAUAUUGUAUACAGAUUCAGUUUCUGCAUUGCACAGGGCCAUUUCUGUUGUUCGACAGAAUGAGUCACAUAAAAACAAUAGAAGAUUUAAAAACAUCAGUUGCUGAAUUAGCAAGCCUGAUGGAUGAUACUUUCACAUGCUGCAAGCGGAACUACGAUGCCUUGCUACCAUACAUUGGGAAAAAGGAAACAAAUUUUAAAAUAUAUCACAAAUUAAUAAAUGUUAAUAUAAUGUUGAACAAGUUAAGUGAAGAACUUGUAGGACUUAGAGUUGAAUAUGUAACUCUGUCAUCGUAUGAACAAAGAAUGGAGAUUGCUCUGUUUGAAGGAGGUAGAAAGAGAAGAAAGUGUGAUGUGCUCGAGUUAGGCAGACAUGAGACCAAAAGUAUAAAAAUGGAAGUGCCAUAUUCUGAUAACACCAAGUGUUGCAUUUCAUUAACUUCAGAGACUGGAAUCAAUAUGCAGUCAAAGAAUUUGGAAUCGGAGGAUACUGAAGAAACUAGACAGUCACCGUUGCCGAAGUCAGACAUACACCGGCCAAAAAACAUAAAAACAGAAAUACAAGAUUCAAAUGAAGUUGAAAAUUUAUUUGUUUUUCCCAUUGGUAAUAAUGAUAUUCCUGCAGAUCAAACAUCAUGUGAUACUAGAAAUAAUAGAGUGACAGUUUGUUUUGCUGGUGAUGAGGAAAGUGCUUCUGUGGCAAGUAGACUUGUGAGAGACAAUGCUUAUGAUGAACCAGGUGAUACGAUUACUCAGAGAGAAAACACUGAAGAGUGUUUCCCAUUGGAAAGUUUGGGAAGUCAGACUAGCAAUCAAGAGAAGUACGAAGACAUUGGCAGUGUUGUUCAUGAAGAUCAUAGCAUUCGCAGAUAUCUAGGAGGAAAAGUUGAAUCAUUACAAGGGAGAUCAAACACUGGUAACAAAGAAAAGAAAAGAGCUCCCGAUUUUCCUAUCAUAUAUGAAAAUGGUCAGAGUUCAGAGGAAUUGUGUGAUGCAGGUGAUGAACUGUAUGGUAUUGUAAGGCACCAGAAUGGGAGAUUUAAGUGUACAUUACGCAAUGAUGGACUUGUUAAUUACCAGGCAGUGCCUGUUUGUGUGAAAAGAAAGCAGCAUAAAAGGAAACGAAAAAUUUCCAAGAAGAACAGUUGUGCCACAGUUUCUGAAGUUCCAGAUGUUAGCUGUGAAGGUGAAUUUGUUAAUUACCAGGCAGUGCAUGGUCAUUUGAAAGGAAAGGCAUACAAAAUGAAACGAAAAACUGCGAAGAACAACAGUUGUGCCAGAAUGUCUGAUGUUCCAAAUAACAGCUGUGAACAUGAACUUGUGAAUUACCAGGCAGUGCAUAGUCUUUCGAAAGGAAAGAUGCAUAAAAUGAAACGAAAAGCUGCCAAGAAGAACAGUUGUACCAGAAUGUUGGAAGUUCCAAAUAACAGCUGUGAAGGUGAACUUGUUAAUUACCAGGCAGUGCAUAGUCAUUCAAAAGGAAAGAUGCAUAAAAUGAAACAAAAAACGGCCAAGAAGAACAGUUGUGCCAGACUGUCUGAAGUUCUAAAUAAUUGUUGUGAAGAUGAACUUGUUAAUUACCAAGCAAUGAAUGAUCAUCCAAAAGAAAAGAAGGAUAAAAUUAAACGAAAAACUGCCAAAAACAACAGUUAUGCUAGAGUGUCUGAAGUUCCAAAUAACAGCUGUGGAGGUGAACUUGUUAAUUCCCAGGCAGUGCAGGGCCAUACAAAGCAAAUAAAGCCUAAAAAGAAACGAAUAACUGCCAAGAACAGUGGUGCCCAAAAGUCUGAAGUUACAAAUAGCACCACACAGUGCAAGGUCAUGUGAAAGGAGAGAAGCAUAAAAAAGAAAGACAGGUACUGCCAAGAAGAACAGUUGUGCCAGAAUCUGUAGUUAGGAAUAACAGCUGUGAAAGUACAGCAUCUGUUUCUGUAUGGCCUGCUAUUUCCUGCUUAUUUACUGACUGUUGUAGGGUACAGGUACCAAACAAUAUCAGUUAAACGUGCAAUUAGGUUAGUUGAUGUAUGAAUGUAUGUACAUGCAUCAUUUCAUGUUAACAAAAAUUUUUCAGGUUUCAUUUAGGAUAAAUAAUCUCUUCCCUUUGUAAUGAACUGGUAAUAAGAUAAAUACCCAACAUAAAGGACACACGUUUCUAGGUAGGCUAGGUCAUCUUGAUCAGAAAGGUAUAUUACGAAACGUUGAACUGAAAAAUAAAUCCUGCAGUAACUGUUGGAAAUACCAGUCAGUCUAGAGAACAUUGUUUGCAGUACUCAGUUUAUUUUGAAAGACAAUGUUUUUUGUAGUGUGUGCAACUUUUUCUGUGAAAGUACAGCAGCAUUAAGUCAUAUGAUGUGCAAACUGACUCAAGAAGUUAGAUGAAAUGAUAAAAAUCAAUAUAGAGCCAACAACCAUAACAAUAUGAGAAAAACUGAAAGAUUCAAAGUAAUGUAUGUGUGUAUUAUGAACUUAUUUUCAGUGUAAAUAUGUUAUUUCCAUUGACCAUUUGUUAAUGUAGUGUGAUGACCCAAUGUUUAAGUGUCAAGACAGACAUUGGAUAGCUCCUGAAUAUGAUCCUGUGUCUUGUAGGUUUUUGUGUUACGUAAAAGACAAUACUCAGAUGAAAAUAUUUUAUAUAAUUUAACUGCA